GUGAUUCUCGAUUAGCUUGUGUUUGCCUCGUUGCUAACAGAGUUUCCCUCCGAUGGCAAACAGAACCGUUAAAGAUGCAAACAGCAUCCACGGAACCAACCCGCAGUACCUGGUGGAGAAAAUCAUCCGGACCCGAAUCUAUGAGUCCAAAUACUGGAAGGAGGAAUGUUUCGGUCUGACCGCGGAGCUGGUGGUGGACAAAGCCAUGGAGCUGAAGUUUGUGGGAGGAGUUUAUGGCGGGAACAUCAAGCCGACUCCGUUCCUCUGCCUCACGCUGAAGAUGCUCCAGAUCCAGCCGGAGAAAGACAUCAUCGUGGAGUUCAUCAAAAACGAGGAUUUUAAAUACGUCCGUCUACUGGGAGCCAUGUACAUGAGGCUGACCGGCACCGCCGUGGACUGCUACAAGUACCUGGAGCCGCUCUACAACGACUACAGGAAGAUCAAGAGUCAGAACCGGAACGGAGAGUUUGAGCUGAUGCACGUUGACGAGUUCAUCGAUGAGCUGCUUCAUGCAGAGAGAGUGUGUGACAUCAUCCUGCCGCGGCUUCAGAAGAGACAGGUUCUGGAGGAAGCCGAGAUGCUGGACCCGCGGGUCAGCGCUCUGGAGGAAGACCUGGACGAGGUGGAGAGCAGCGAGGAAGAGGACGAGGAAGAGGAGAAGUUCGAGAGGCUGCCGAGCCCGGAGCCCCACAGGCGCGGUCACCGUGACAACGACCGGCCUCGGCGCUCGCCGUCGCCUCGCUACAGACGCAGCCGCUCUCCUCGCCGGAGGAGCCGAUCGCCCAAGAGACGAAGCCCGUCGCCUCGCAGAGAGCGCCACCGCAGCAAGAGCCCGCGGCGGCACCGCAGCCGCUCCAGGGACCGGCGGCACCGCUCCAAAUCGCCCGGUCACCACAGAAGCCACAGACAUCGGAGCCACUCCAAAACCCCGGAGCGAAGCUCCAAAAAGAGCCACAAGAAGAGCCGGAGAGGAAACGACUGACCUCAGUCCCUCCCAACGUUUUUUACUUUCUCAUCCACCCAAACUCUUUUUUUCAAUCUUCCACUUGACAUUUUUAUUUUUUAUUUUUAUUCCAGCAGUUUCAGGUUCUGAUAAUCUGGACCUCUGAUGGUUCUGGAAACCAAACAAAACAAUAUUCUCCAGAUGCUUAAAGCGCCUCAGAUAAAACUGUAAAUAGUGAAAUGUUUUUUUGUUUGUUUGUUUCUGAACAAUGAAAACAUCCCAGAAAUAAAAACCUUGAUAUAAGAUGAUUUUUUUAUGCUUUGAGUAAAUUAAUGGGAACUUUUCAGGUGAAAUAAAACAAAUAUUGGAAAAGA